AACUUAAGUGACUGUUACAUUUAUCAGAGAAUAUAGUCCGGCUGCAUAAAGGCAGUUGGCAACGCCAUCAGCGAUCUUUUCAGUCGCAUGCUGAAGUUGGGAACGGAUCAUGUCUAGCGAUUCUGCUGAUUACAACAGCUCAAGAGAUAGAGACCAUGGGGGGCCUGAUGGGAUGGAGCCUGAUGGUGUCAUUGAGAGCAACUGGAAUGAGAUUACGGACAACUUUGAUGAUAUGAACCUGAAAGAGACUCUUCUCAGGGGAAUAUACGCUUAUGGUUUUGAAAAGCCAUCUGCCAUUCAGCAGAGGGCAAUCAUCCCUUGUAUUAAAGGCUAUGAUGUCAUUGCCCAAGCCCAGUCAGGCACUGGCAAGACGGCCACGUUUGCCAUCUCUAUCUUGCAGCAGCUGGACAUUGAGCAGAAAGAGACUCAAGCUCUGGUUUUGGCUCCCACCAGAGAGCUGGCUCAGCAGAUCCAGAAAGUAAUUCUGGCUCUUGGUGACUACAUGGGGGCAACCUGCCAUGCCUGCAUUGGAGGGACUAAUCUCCGUAGUGAAAUUCAGAAGCUCCAGGCCGAGGCUCCUCACAUAGUUGUGGGCACACCAGGCCGUGUGUACGACAUGCUGAACAGGAGACAUCUGUCCCCAAAAUGGAUCAAGAUGUUUGUUCUGGAUGAAGCUGAUGAGAUGUUGAGUCGAGGGUUCAAGGAUCAGAUCUACGAGAUCUUCCAGAAACUGAGCACAAACAUUCAAGUGGUCCUGCUCUCGGCCACAAUGCCAGCCGAUGUGCUGGAGGUAACCAAGAAGUUCAUGCGAGAUCCCAUUCGCAUUUUGGUGAAGAAAGAAGAGCUGACUCUUGAGGGUAUCAAGCAGUUCUACAUAAAUGUGGAGAGAGAGGAAUGGAAGCUGGACACGCUGUGUGAUCUGUACGAGACUCUGACCAUCACCCAGGCUGUCAUCUUCCUUAACACUAGGAGAAAAGUCGACUGGUUGACUGAGAAGAUGCACGCUAGAGACUUCACUGUGUCUGCUCUGCACGGUGAUAUGGACCAGAAGGAGCGUGACGUGAUUAUGAGAGAGUUUAGGUCUGGCUCAAGCAGAGUGCUGAUCACUACUGAUCUUCUGGCUCGUGGGAUUGACGUUCAGCAGGUUUCCCUGGUCAUCAACUAUGACCUUCCAACAAAUCGUGAGAACUACAUUCACAGAAUUGGUCGCGGUGGCCGUUUUGGCAGAAAAGGAGUUGCUAUCAACUUUGUCACUGAGGAAGACAAGAGGAUUCUUCGGGACAUCGAGACAUUUUACAAUACAACUGUGGAGGAAAUGCCUAUGAAUGUGGCUGACCUGAUUUGAGCCCUGAGGUCGUCUUUUUCUUUUUUCUUUUUUUUCUUUUUACGCAGUGAUGGCGAUCGUCCACUUGCAUUGUGCUUAUAUUAUUCGAGGGGGAAAAACUUCUCAAUGCUAAACUUUGGAUCAGAAUUUUGGUAUGUGUUAAAAGCGAGGUGACUUCUAUGGUGGUCCCUCUUGGACAGUUGUAGAUUCUAACCUCGUCGGCUGGCCGGUUGGAGCUACAAAGCCAUGGGGUCUGUAAACAUUAAGGUCCUUAUCAGGUAUUUCUUUACAUGUUCUAUUAAAAUGCGUGUAUUCGAUAUUCUUCACCAUUUAGUAACUUUCUUGUGGACUAAAAGGUAUAAGUGCUGUAUAAAGUCUGCAAAUUAUGUUAUGCUAACAUAUGUGCGAUGUCUUGUGGGCCUGCUUAAUAGAGGCACUUGUCAUGUUAUACUGUAGAUUCACUUGCUUUGUUUCUUUUGUGAAUGUGUUUAAUUUAAUGUAUCAUAUUUUUUUAAUCCCACUUGCUAUAUCAGAAUUCUUCACUGGUUGGCCAUAUUUUGCUGACGUGGUUUUACCCUUAACAGAGUAUAUUGCACCCCCCCCCCCCCACCCUGACUAUUUUCAGAUUUCCUCCUCUCCAGAAUUGUUUGAAUGUCUUAAUAAACUGAAGUUGCUGUAAGUAAACUUA